CGGUGAACCCAUCGGCGAGCGGGCACGAUGCCGCGAGGUCAGGCUCGGGUGUUCGAGGAUGGGGGGGAGGACGAGAAUCUGAAGGCGCAGAAGAGAUGUUGCGUGUACAAGUACAUUCGCGUGGGACAGAGUCUCGGCGAGAGAUUCCGCGGCAAUCGCAUGUUGAAGUGCGUUUUCUGCGGGCACGAGUUCCAAGGCAACCAGUUCGUGGCGGCGCGCCAUUUCAGCCAGGGCAAGGAAUGUCCGGAAGUGACCGACGAGGCAGUUGUCGGCAUCCACUGCAACAGUGAGUACAAGAUAUCCGACAAGUUCCUACAGCGGAUCCAGCAGUUUGAGGGGCUUCACAGUCCGACGCCUGCGAUGGAUCCGCGACGGGACGAGGGGGGGGAGGGAGAGAUGAGGGACGCGAAGGAGCAGAUCGACGUGCACGACGACGUCGAGGAGGUUGCGCGGGCGUGGUCAUUAGGGAGGGAGCGAUGGAAGGGCGUUGUCAGCGAGCCGGGGGGGCAGCAGGGGCAGUACUUUGCAUCGGCGCACGUGUCGGUUCGUACACGGGCAGGUGCCGAUACGGCUAAGGCGGGUCCGUCUGCGGGGAAGAGGAAGGAGAGAGAGGAGGGGGCACGACCGAUGGCAGCAGCCGCAUCACAGAAGAGGCUGAGGCAGAACACGAUCACGAAUCAGCGCCUGGCGUUCAACGUCUUCCGAAGCGAGCCGUGGUUGGACGUCGUCCGACACUUCAAGGAUUUGCGGGGGCCAGUGAGGGUGUUGUGGCCUUCAGAGAACGAGAUUGCGGACAUAGAGACCAUUGUCCACACGGCGGACGAUAUGGGAGCUGAUCUCGUGGAGGUCAGGGCUCCUUUCUAUGUUGAGGGGGCCACCAUUAUGUCAGACGGAAGGAAAUCACACGAUGCUAGACCCAUCGUUAACUUCCUUGUCGGCGGGUCACGUGGGGUGAUGCUCGUCCGGACGAUGAACAGGGAGGGUGAGCGGGAUCGCGCGCCUGAUGUGUUGGCGCGCUGGAUCAAGGUGUUUGAUGACUUUCCCCCUAAGUGGGUGAACGCCAUCUGCACCAACUCCGCCUCGGCGUACGUUGCCGCGACGAACAUGCUCAAGGGGCCCCAUCAGAGGCCAGAGCAUCGACGGAUCACGUGGCUCCCAUGCGCAGUGCAUGUCUGCAACAAAAUGUUGUCAGACAUUGGCUGUUCGGGCCCAUGGUCCAAGGACAUCAUCAUGAGGGGGAGAGCGGUGGUGCACUUCAUUAAGGAGCUUGGCGCCGCUCUCCACAUUUUUCGGGGGGAGAGCAGUCAAAUGGGCCUCAUCUAUCCUUGCGAGACACGUUUCGCAUCCGUGUUCGCGAUGGUGGAGCGUUUGCUGGCAGUGAGGUCAGCAUUGGAGAGGACGGUGGAUGGCGAUACUUGGGGUAUGGUCCCUUGGGACCACUCCGUUCGUCAGUUGGCUAGGUGGUCAGGUGGCAGGUGCGGCAUGGAAGUUGGUGGGAUUCCAUGGGCGUCUUGUUCAGCAUCAUGGAGCCUGUGUACGACCUGCUGUGCAAUAUGGACCGCGGAGGCUCGAUGCGCUCACAUGUUGGAGCCGGCGCACGCCGCUGGUCACCUUCUCUGUCCCAGCCGACGGGACUUGCGGUACUUCGAGGGCGUGGUCAGCGACUACGACGCGAGCUUGGUGAGGGAGGCGGAGUCUUACAUUCUGUCGCAGACAGGGUUUAGUGUGGCGAGCCGUGACUACGAGACCGGGGGAGAGGCGAAGACAGAGAUGUACAGAGGUGCACAGGCGAUGCGGAGACGUACGAGUCCCGGUGUUGGUGGUCGAGAGGACGUCCGUAGACGGAGUGGCGGAGAUGACCUGUUCGUUCCAGUUGAUUUGGAGGAGGAGUCUGGGGGUCGUCAUGGGAGCCCUGUAGAGCGUCCGAGGCCUACGUCCACUGGCCCACUUCCCGCUGAGUGGGAGAGAGAUCCUGGGUCUGCACCUUUGAGGGGGGCAGAGUCGGGGAUUGGCCAUCGUCCUCUGGGUCGCUCUGGCACGGCAUCAUCCACCGCUCUUCCCACUUCGACGGAGGAGCUUCAUCGACAACCAGCCAGUGCAGAUCGAUUGCAGAGAUUGGUGAGGGGCCCGAGACAGCGAUUGGAGGACAGAUUAGAGAGCGGUCCUUCACCGGUGCAGAGGGACGACGAAGAUAGACAGGGGUUGGUUGGUGGAGAUGGUGGUGCGUUGGCCGGAGGUGGAGGCGGUACCGAGGUUGCUGCGGCGUUUGAGGGGAUACUGAUGGGCAGCGGAGGCGGUUUCAGUGAGUUUGGUGACAUGGGUAUGCCCCAGGGAGAGAGCGUGGGGCGGGCCCGAGGAGAGAGUGAGUCCCGUGGGGACAUCAGUGUGGGUAUGCAGGACUUACUGGGACAGAUCAGCUUCGCGGACCCGAGUAGUUUCUCCCCUGCCAUGCGCGCAGAGGUGAUGUUGGGUACAGAGGGGGAUGAGGACCGGACACCCCCUGGAGAGACAUCUGAGGAGAGGCUAGAGCUUCCCUCAUGGGACAGAGGGACCCCAGGACGCAGGAGCUCGCCCGUCUUGCGGCCAAGGACCGACGGAGGCAGCUGGGGACAUUUACGCCGGCGUCCGUUGACGUGGGGCUAACUGCCCACACGGAUCCUCCGGCAGAGGUUCACGACACCACGCAGCGGGAGGCGGCUUCGGCAGAGGUAUCGAGUAC